AUGGUUUUGAAUGGAUUCGAUUCCGUCAAGGCCAUUCCCAUGGGGAAUUUCACUCGCCGCCGGAAGCUCAAGUGGUUAUUUGAAUUAUCUGUGUUCUUGUUCCUCAUUUCUCGCCGCUCCACUUGGUUUUCCUUCGCCGUCCCGGUCCUCCGCCACUUUUUCCGGCAGCUCGUGGCUGUGCUCAACAGCCACAUCUUCGUCUUCAUGUUCUUUAACGUGAUGCUCUUCGUCGUCUACUCUCUCUCCGGCUUGACGGAGACCAAGCCCGCCUCGAACAGGAGYGAUGCCGCGCAUUCUCACGGAAACGCCACCGGAGAGUCGCCGGAGAGUUUGGUGGCUCCGAGUGACGAUUCCAUCGCCGAGAUAUUGGUCGUCGCCGAGAAGAAUGUUGUGACGUCGCCGGUGGACGGAGUUGCAAUCGCUGCAACUCCGGCGGCGGAGCUUCCGACGGAACAGAUGCCGUUCCCGUCACCCUCGCCGCCGCCGAUCYCUCCCGCUCCSAAUUCGACCUCCGUGACCGAGGCGGCGGAGGAGAUCAUUCCGGAGACGAAACAGUACCGGAGAACGGAAUCGGAGAGAUUUGCGGAGCGCCGGGAGGAGAACAAAUUCCGGCGAUCGAAGACGGAGAUUCGCCGGGAAUCUAGCGAAGAACCGGCGAGAUUUGUGCGAUCAGUGCACGAGAUGGACAUCGAGGAUUUUAAUCGUACGGUGGAGAGCUUCAUCGCCGAACAGAAAUUGCACAUCGGCAGGUGGAUUUCCGAUUAA